AUGCUUGGCUGUUGCCGAGAAUGUUCAUUUCUUAAUGCACUUUCCAUAUCAACUAAUCAUCUUGUCAGCACUUACAGUGGUAUCCGAAAAGUGGGCAUGAAGGUCAAGUCUGAGUUCAAAGGUGAAGAAGGAACAUACAACGAUGCGGCAAACGGAAGCAAACAGUGGCCGGAAUGGGGCCGCCGAGUGUGGAUGACAGAAGUGGUGGCACUCCUUUCUCUUAUCUCCAAGGCGCCCCCUCCCACCUGCAUCCAGAAUAAGGAAACUCGUGAGGCUACAGUAGCAGCACUUCGACGUGAGCCCUUGAAAGCUACCGACCCUGAUUCCACUAGCAAAGCAACACUGUGGCAGCCCCGAGAUCAGGUCGGCACAUGGAUCAGGGAACAGAUGGGCAGAUAG